CAUGCAUAUCUGAAGGAGUAUCUUGCUUUGUGCUCGUUCUCGUAGAAAGUUCUCAUUGAGUAAGAAAAUUACACGAUCCGAAAAAGUUUUCAUAUUGAAUUUUAGAAUCUCUGGUCUAUACGAAGCGAAGAAUACGGAGAUCCAUCGAGCAAAAUCGCGGCGAUUUAUCUUGGAAUCUGGAAUAAGCUGCUGUAUGGAAAUUUGCUAGAUUGUCACGGCGAAGAUGUUUCUUGGUCCCAAUAUUCGGAAGUUCGUGCAACUUGGCGAGCAGUUCAGUUUUCCUAUGUAUGAUAAAGUGGAUUUAGAUACUUGGGAAACUGAUAGAUUAAAGAGCCACUGGAGGUUGUGCCGUAAGCGAGUGGAGAAGCUAAAUAGGGACUGGGUAGCUUUGGGUGGGGACUUGGAUGGGGUGGAAUCAUUAGGGGAAGAGCUCCCAGAGAGCUCUAGCGAGGACUCCAUGGAGGAGGGUGUGGGAGGAGAGGUGGAGCAGGCAAAGAAGAAGCUGAUACGGGAAAAGAAGAAACUUAGAGAGCAAGAGCUACAGAUAAUCAAAGACUCUUCGCCCGUCGCCUUCUUUAACAGAAAGCGCAAGCGGGUUAGCUCCAGGGGUGGCAUACAGUUACAGGCUAGAAUUGAGGUGGAAGCAAAGCUCGCGGAGGACAUUGUGCGAAUGAAUCAACAAGGAGAGAAGCCAUGGGAGCCGCAAGCCAUUCAGAGGGAAUUCAUUGAGCGCAUGGCCGAAGCUGGUUGUAGUGAGUACUAUGGUUGCAAGCAUGGCGUGGGGCACAAACAUACAGACAAAUGGCUUAGAACUUUCCGAGCCAGGCACAACAUGAAACGCACCACAAACAUCCACCUCAGUUCUGUACGUUCAGAAGCGCAACUAAGGGAGGAGAUAUAUCUGACAUGGGGGAGAUGGUUGCGAUACCUAGAGUUGGUCGAGAUGAAAAUCAACGAGAUCGAAAGGCACACAGGUCAGCGGCCGCUGCUCAUUAGAUGCAAUAUGGACGAGACUUUCCUAAGGUCACAUGCCCAGGCGCGUGCUGUCAUCAUACCGAAGAAGGACGCGCGGCGCGUCUCGCGUGAUUGGAAUGGAGCACGAAAAACAACAAAAGAGGGGGUCACAGUUACGCCCGUGCUUGCUCGUCUAUGUUGCUGCUUCCUUUUUGUGUGAGUUUUGCUCUUAGAUUAUUCAGGAAAAUCGUGCCAAGGUAGCAACGUCGACGAGCAAGGUUCCACGCUAAUAGUUGAGUUUUCUUCGUGACUGAUACUCCACUCCUGCAGCUGAAGCCAACGAUCAUAUUUAAAAAGCAGAAUCCAAACAUGGCGACAAAGAUAGAGGUGGAAGCUGUUUGGGGUGGUGAUGCGUACAUAGAAAAGCACGGGAAUUCCAAAGGGACGCACAUGGUGGACUCGAGUAUGAUGAGGAAAAUAGUCAAGAGAGUCAUAGAAGAGAAGAAAGCUCGCGAACAAACGCUGCAGAGAACCAUACUGCUCUUGUGGAUUUUGGAUGAUCUUGGCGCGCAUAGGCUGGACGAUACACUCAGAGAGGAAGAGUUGGAAGACAAGCAGCACAUUUUAACUUUCGUGCUGCAACCAGAGACAGGGAGCAAACUGCAGCCACUAGAUACGCAAGGAAUACUCAGCUCUUACGAAUAGCUUUCUGUGUCGUUUGGUUCUCUUCUUGUGUUCUUACGAACACGAGGAGAGAAAAGAAGCACACGGAGAGCCUAUUUCUAAUCCAUCAUCAAACUCGGACAAAGCCAGGAACAGGAGGAGUAUUAUUCUUUGAUCAAUCCACUGUUCAAGGAGUACACGAUGAAAAAACUUGCAUACUUUUCCAAGGAUGCGACUUUUGACAAGCUAGGUUUUGUAUUGCGCCCCGACGCUUUUGCUCCACUUCAGUCCGAAUUGGAGAAAUUUUUAUCCCGAAGGGAGUAA